GGCAUAACCACAUGUAGGCAUAUUGAAUACCGCAUGUAAGUAUCAUCUACAUAUGUCCAAUGUUCCUUCAACUGAAGAUGAAUGGCUUGAAAUAGCUAAAGAUUUUGAAAAUCAGUGGCCGUCUCUUGAAGGGAAGCAUCUGCAAAUCCAGUGUCCAGGGAAUAGUGGUAGUUCCUUCUAUAAUUACAAAGGAACGAAAACCGAUAGCAGUGAAGCCAGAUACUACAGAGGCACUAGUUUUAACUUGCACUUACAUGCAUAACUUUUUAAGAAGAAAUGCUGUUGCCAAAAAGAAAUAUUCUCCACUAGGAACAUUCGAUAUCGAAAAUGUAGAUACGGGAGAAAUAACACCAGGUAUUUGAAGAAGAGAUACCGCUCGUGAUACAGGCAUAAUCAGUUUUAGGAAAAUUUCACGUAAAGUCGGAAAUGAUGCGAAGGUAAUCAGAGAAGAAUUUAUGAACUACUUUGUAUCAAACGAAGGCAGUGUUACAUGGCAAGAAACAUUUGCCAACAAGUAGUUUACAUUUGUAAACCAGCAAUAGUAAAUACAGAAUUAUAAUACCGUAAUAAAAUGUUCACUCUGUCCUAAAAUAUUCUUAUUUCAUAGAAAAACCAACUAUGUAGUAAAUAUUUACAGUUGAUUGUAUUUCAGAAUGCCAUAUUAAAAAC